CGGCGGCGGCGGCGAGCGCCAGUCUGCGCCGAGACGCCGUCCGAGCACCGCGCCCGCGCCACGCCGCACUCCAAACAAACGAACAUCGCGAAAAAAGUUUCACACCCCCUGACAAUACUUCCAGACACCCCUUUCAACCACGCCAGAGUUGAAAGAGGAAAGUCCUCCAAACUGUCGAGAGGUCCCUAAAAGUGACCUUUGCUAAACCGGAAUCUCAAUCCCCCGGAACGGGUUUCGCUUGGACCUCGCAGGACUUGGUGAAAUGGUGCUAACUUGAUUUUAGGUGGAGUGAGUUCAGUGUUAGUGACUUAAUUAUUAUCCUUUAUUAGUUUCCGAUUCUGAAGACUGGAUUGUAAGUUCAGCGGCUAUUUAAGUGGCUCAUCAAAACAGUGCUGAUAACAGUUUUUAUCAUGCCACCACCCGCCUGGCGCUAGCGGCGAUGAGCGGGCGGCCACCGGGCGGGCAGCGCUGCCACCUCAUCCUACAGCGCUGCCUCGCUAUCCAGCUCGCCAAGCCUGGCAAUGCGCCCGACGACUUCUGGAUGUAUGACAGCGGCUAUCUGCUGUUCCAGAGUUUCCUGGCAGCCAACGCCAAAUGCUGGUGGUCCGAAUCCCUGGCGGCGGCCACAUCCUCGCUCCGGUACUGCGGCUACGUGGCGCCGGGGGUGCUGCUGCUGGCCGGGCCGGCGCGCGCGCUCGAGACCGUGCGCGGCGCCUACGCGCGCUCCGUGCUCAAGCCGCCGCCUACUUAUCUCAUCUGCGGGCUGGGUGACAUCGAGGACUGCAUAGUGACGCCGGCGUACCAGGGCCAGUUCACGCCGCUCCCGGAGGCUCUGUGUGACUGCAUCAUGGACCUCACUUCACAGGGGCAGUCUGCGACGCUGGAGAGCAUCAGGACCUCCCUGUCGUCCAAGUUCCCUUCGAUGCAGACUCCGUCCCAGGAGAUGGUGUACGACACGCUGGCGCAGCUCAUGCAAGAGAGGAAGAUCUACCAGACCUCCAGGGGAUUCUUUAUCGUCACACCGGAACGCCGUCGCUCCCGCUCACGCUCGUCCUCCCGCCACCACAGUAGCCUCGACGAGGAGUGUCCCUCCCCGCGCACCAUGCUCAUGUCUGAUGAGGAGGCCCUGCAUCAGCUCUACGGAGAGAUCACCACUACCAGGGAUGGCGCUGUGACGCACCAGUGCGUGCAGACCAACCUUGCUGACGUCAUUUGUGGAGGCAACCCCAAUGACAAGAUCCUGUACGGGCGUCCUAACAAGCGCCGCAGCGCUUCGUUCCCAGCACCCCGCUCGCUGGACCGGCGCCACUCGCUCCGACUCUUCGGAUCUUCCAGCAAGUACCUCCAGCGAUGUGCAAGUACCAGGAGCCUCCACCACAAGAACGCUAAUACUACGGACAGCUCGUCGUCCACCGAUUACCCUCCGAGCGUUGAAUCCGCGUCGCCUAAGAAAGUGUCGCUGCUCUCCCGCUUGUUCCGUCGAAGCGGUCGCAGCAAGCAGUCGCGCACUAUGAGCACGUUCUCCGCACAGUUCCCGCCCACCGAGUGGUUCAACUCCAAGGCGGUGCAUCUGCACUGCGUCGCCACGCAAACCAACUCCAAGGAGUCGUUGCAGAGUCAAACCUCAUACGUGUCUUCUUAUUACGACGGUUCGGAGAUCAGCAAUCGGUCGUCGACGCUCCCGCGGCGGCACAAGCGCCACCUGUCCACGGAGUCGGGGCUGGCCAGCUCGCUGCACUACGACCACUCGCCGGUGCGCCACUCUAGCCCCAGCUCCGGAAGCCUCCCCCGAUCCACGCUCAGCAGGAGCUCAACCAACAAAACUAUCCUAGACCACUUUGGCUCGCGAAACAGCGACCCGAAACUCAGGGACAGCCCCAGUGGCAGCCUCAGGAGGAUGGACUACUCGAAUUCCGAUCAUAUUAUGUCCACCAGUGGCCCUUCCAGCUUAGAGAGUACCAGCACACAUCGCACUCCAAGGAAAGACUGUAAAAGUGGUCCGUCUUCGUUAGAAACCCAAAACUCUCCCCUCAAAAGAAACUAUCACACAAACGGGCACAGCAGCGGCCACUCCAGCCUCGAGUCCCACAUAUCAGAUCGCACACUGAAGCCUUCCCCUAGUCAUAGCAACGGAGCCCCCGGUCUGAGCCGAGCGCAGUCGCUCGUCAAAGUGCAGAGUUUACAAAGCUCACCCAAAAGUUUACAUAAGAAUUUAAACAGGAACAAGCCUCCAAUAGUUGGGGGAGAUACUAUAAAAAAUGGAAAAAGCACAUCUCCUCGGAACUCGCCAAAAAACUGCCCAAGCACUCCCAAGAAAACCGCCACCCCGUUGCACAGUAGAACAUUAGGACCGAAAGCUGAAAACCCAGCGACAACCAUGAUGGCGAGUUCCAAUUCCAAUAAUUCCAUUACACUUAAAGUUACCACGAAUACAAUAACCCAAAACGGCGGUGGCACAAACACAAAAGUAUACGUACAAAACUCGCCAGUAAGAUCUGUUAUCACGUUUGAAAAUGGCAAAGUGACUGAAUCGAGCAACGGCAGUAACAUUUACAUCAUCAAUGAUGACCGCCAGGUGGUCUCUGUGAAAAACGGGGUAACCAAUCAGACAACGAAAAACCCGACAGAAACCUCUUUCGACGCUUGCGUUGAAAAGAACAAGCAAGUGUAUCAGGAAGCUGAACCAAUUAGAGAGCAAGAAAACAAGUUCAACAAGAACUCUAUGAACGACAACAACAUGAAUAACAAUCGCAAACUUUCUCUGCAAAUUGGCGCAACAAACAAUAAGAAUUUUAUCUACAAGAACCAGUUGAAUAAUACGAACGAGGUGGUGUCCAACCCCGCCUCGCCGGCCAUACACAACAACAUUCACGGGCUCGACGCCUCCACCAAUCACAGUAACCCGUCCACACCCACCAAGAGUUACGACAUCAUCGGCUCCCUAGGAAGCCUCAAGUAUCAGAAAAACGCGUUGUCUUCACCGAACACUGGACUGCAAAGCAAUAUCAACUCCAACAGUGAGUUAAAAAGCGUAGAUUUGCUGAAGAAGGCGGCAGCGCUGCAGAUGUUGAACGGCAUUCCGAUGGUGAACAACCGCAUGAGCUCGGACUCCUUAGCCAAUUUGCUGACUAAAGGUCUUGACCAGAAACCUAUAGUUCUCGGCUCGGAACCGAACCUGGCCUUGAAGAACCAGGACCAGAUGAACAACGUAAACAACUCUAUGGACAAGAUAAACUGCCUAGACAAUAAGCAGAAGCGGUACAGCCUGAGCCAGGAGAGCAAGAAGGAGAAUCAGGAUUUUUAUAACUUUCCUAGCUUAAGUGACCUGAGCUUUAACUUUACUAGUUUAGCUGCUCAGAAGAUACUGAAAGGCGUGAGUAUCAAUAGUGUUGACACGCUUGUGGAGCUAAACAUGGCCGCCAACAACUCGGAGAAACAAAACAAUCGCGACGUCGCUGCUGUCUGUACCGACUUUGGCCUUGUAUAGUAAGGACAUGUUCAUUUUGUUUAAAUGUACUAUAGUAGAGUAGCAAUUAACAAUUCAUUUAAGAUAGUAAUGUAACUUAUAACUACUUUUAACCAGCCCUAAGUAGGUACAUAAUGUAACAUUAGUUUGAACAUUUUGUACUCUGUAAUAUGUACUUCCAUGAAUUUAUCUUUAGCAAUAGAUACAUCUUCUAAUAAAAUUUUGUUUGUUACUACUAACAUGUAAUCAUCGAAAAUACCAUGUAGCAAUUAAAAUCAAUACUUUAUGUAUUCACCAAGUGUACGUACAUAAUCAACUUUCUAGGUUUGUUACUCACUUUUUCAAAAUUGUAAUGUGACAAUAAAACUAAGUAUACGAAAAAACAAGAGUGGCCUAAACUGUAAUGGUAAUCUGCAAGUCAAUUAAAUUCUGUAUUUUGUCACAAUUUCCGCUUGCUUCUACCGUAGUGCUAAAUAUGUUAUCUGCACAUUGUGCCAUCCAAAUUUCUUCCCUAAAGUUAAGUCGAGUACAAACUAGAAUACAUUUCCGUAAUCAGAGUCCAUCCAAUUUUGAGUAAUUUAUAGGAAAGAUUGUACAAGUAAUGUAUGUCAUGUCUAAGUGCCAUAAACACAAUAAUAGUAAGAAUCAUUGAGUAUGCAACGCAGCAAGAAAAUUUGAAUUGGUUAAGGGAUUGGUUUCAUUAAAAUAUAAGAAAUUUGUGACCGCACUCAAGUGCUUAAGCAAUAAAGGGUAAUAUUUAUUCAUUAGGAAUUGUAAUCAGAAGUCAAUGCAUAUUAGUGUAAGUGUUCAGUACAUAACGCCAUUUGUAUAAAUGUAUUAACAAUAAAAGUUGAUGCUUUAAA